AUGUACGUCGAGGAAGUGUGCAUCGACGGCUUCAAGUCCUACGCGCAGCGGACCGUUGUCCCGGCGUUCGACCCCCUGUUCAACGCCAUCACCGGCCUGAACGGGUCCGGUAAAUCCAACAUCCUGGACUCGAUAUGCUUCGUGCUGGGCAUCACCAACCUAUCGCAGGUUCGUGCGGCGUCGCUGCAGGAGCUUGUGUACAAGCAGGGCCAGGCGGGCGUCACCAAGGCGUCCGUAUCCAUCACCUUCAACAACGCCGAUAAGUCCCGCUCCCCCGUGGGCUACGAGCACUGCGACCAGAUCAUCGUCACCAGGCAGAUCGUCAUCGGCGGCAGAAACAAGUACCUCAUCAACGGCCACGUCGCGCAGCCAACGCGCGUGCAGAACCUCUUCCACUCCGUGCAGCUCAACGUCAACAACCCGCACUUCCUCAUCAUGCAGGGGCGCAUCACCAAGGUUCUCAACAUGAAGCCGCCGGAGAUCCUCGGCAUGCUCGAGGAAGCCGCGGGCACGCGCAUGUACGAGACGAAGAAGGACGCCGCGCUCAAGACGCUCGAGAAGAAGCAGACGAAGGUUGACGAGAUCGACAAGCUCCUCGAGGAGGAGAUCUUGCCCACCAUCGAGAAGCUCCGCAAGGAACGCGGCGAUUACAUGAAGUGGCAGCUCGGCAACGACUCUCUCGAGCGCCUCCGCCGCUUCUGCGUGGCGUGGGAGUUUUCGCGGUGCAAGGAGGCCGUGGAGGGCCAGAGCGAGGGGGAGACGGCGGUCAAGUCCCAGCUCGAGGAGCUCGACGCGCGCGCGCACGACCGCGCCGCGCAGGGUGCCGACGUGGAGGCUGAGAUGAAACGCGUCGCGAAGGAGAAGGCUUCCAAGGCGGGGGGCGCGAUGACCUCGGCGUCCGCGGAGGUUGACGAGCUCUCCAAGGAGCUCGUGAAGCACACCGCGGCGUGGACGCACAAGAAGGACGCGGUCAAGGCUGAGAAGAAGAACGUCGAGAAGUUCCAGAAGCAGGCCCAGAAGCACGAGGAGGCGACGGCUAAGGAGGCGGAGAGACUCGACCAACUCGCCGCCGACGCCGACGCCCGCGCCGAGGCGCUCAAGGAUGCCGAGCUCAAGGCGGAGAAGGCUGAGAUCUCGGGCAGCGGCGCGGGAGGCGACGGCGACAAGUCCCUCCAGACGCAGCUCACCGAGGCUAACGCGUCAGUCGCCGACGCCACCGCGUCGGCUAAGAACGCGGCUCUCACCGCGAAGCACUGCGAAAAGGAGCUCGCGGCCGGCGGCGGCGAGUCGUCCACCAACCUCGACGCCCUGGAGGCUGAGUGCGAGACAAAGCGCAAAAUCCUCGACAAGGCUCAGGAGAAGGUUGACGUCCUGAACGGCCACCUCGCGGGCCUCGACUUCAAGUUCAAGGACCCGGAGGCCAAGUUCGACCGCUCUCGCGUCAAGGGCGUGGUCGCCAAGCUCAUGCAGGUCAAAGACCCGGCGAUGUCCACCGCCCUCGAGGUUGUCGCCGGCGGUAAGCUGUACCAAGUCGUGGUCGACACCGAGGUGACCGGCAAGGCUCUGCUGUCCAAGGGUCAACUCCAGAAGAGGGUCACCAUCAUCCCGCUCAACAAGAUUGACGCGCGAACGUGCUCCAACUCCCAGUGCGCGGCCGCCGAGAGGGUCUCUCACGGCGACGCCAAGCUGGCGCUGUCCCUCGUCACCUGCGACGCCGAGGUUGAAGCCGUGAUGGCGUACGUAUUCGGCAAGGCUUUCGUGUGCAAGGAUGCCGCCACCGCGCGCGCCGUCGCGUUCGACAAGGACGUCCUCACCAACUGCGUCACCGUCGAGGGCGACCUGCUCAACCCCGGCGGCUUGCUCACCGGCGGGUCGCGCAACAACGGCAACUCCGUCCUCGCCAAGCUUCACGCCCUCCACUCCGCCGAGACGGCGCUCGACGCCGCCAAGGCGUCGCUCGCCGAGGUGGAAUCCAAGCUGAAGGAGUGCGCCACUGCCGCCAAGGCCUCCGCCAAGCUCGAGGCUGCGCUGGACCAGGCUGAGCACGCGCUCGGUCUCGUCAGGCAAAAGUGCGAGGGGUCCGAGUCGCACCAGCUCGGGGAGAAGGUUGCGAAACUCGAAGCCGAUCUCGCCGCCGCCAAAGAGGCGGGCGCCGCCGCCGACGAGAAGAAGGCGACCGCGUCCGAGACCGCGGCGAUGCUCAAGAAGGAGAUCGAGUCGUUCGCGAAGGAGCGUGAUUCGCGCCUCAAGGCUGCGGAGAAGGCGCUCAAGGAUGCGCGUACGGCCGUGAACAAGGCGAGGGCGGACGUUAAAUCGGCGGAGGGCGAGAUGACCGCCGCGAGGGUGGAGCGCGAGUCCGCCGCCGCCGAGAAGGACGCCAUCGCCGAGAACAUCGCGCAGGCCGAAGCCGCCGUCGCGGAGCUCGAGCUCGAGGCUGCGGAGCUCGAGAAGGAGGUUGAGCGCCGCCGCGCCGCCUACGACGAGAGGGCUGCCGCGUUGGACGCUCUCAAGUCUGAGCUGGCGGCUUGCGACAAGGAGAGCGCCAGGCUGCAAAAGACGCUCGCCAAGAUGGAACGCGAGGCGGACGCGGACGCGGUCGAGCGCAAGAAGCUCGAACACAAGCUCGCGCGCAUGGAGAAGGACGCCGACGAGUCCCGCGCCGCGCUCAAGGCGUUGCGCGAGGAGCACCCGUGGAUCGACGCCGAGGAGCGUUACUUUGGCGAAGCAAACGGCGACUAUGAUUUCGACGCGAGGGACCCCGUCGCCGCCACCGAGGAGUUGGCCAAGGCUGAGUCCGAGCAGGCGUCCCUCGCCAAGCGCAUCAACAAGAAGGUCAUCGCGAUGUUCGACAAGGCUGAGGCUGAGUUCAAGGCGCUCCAGGAGAAGCGCAGGAUCGUGCUCAACGAUAGGUCCAAGAUUGAAGCCGUCAUCGGCGAGUUGGAUGAGAAGAAGAAGGAGGCUCUGAAGGUGACGUGGGAGAAGGUGACGGGCGAUUUCGGUUCCAUCUUCAGCACCCUACUCCCCGGUACCACCGCCAAGCUCGAACCCCCCGAGGGAGAGUCCUUCCUCGCCGGUCUGGAGGUGCGGGUCGCGUUUGGGGGUGUGUGGAAGGAGUCCCUCACCGAGCUCUCCGGCGGCCAGCGCUCGCUGCUGGCGCUCUCGCUGAUCCUCGCGCUUCUGCUCUUCAAGCCGGCGCCCAUCUACAUCCUCGACGAGGUGGACGCCGCGCUCGACCUGAGCCACACGCAGAACAUCGGGCGCAUGAUCCGCGCGCACUUCCCGUACUCCCAGUUCAUCGUCGUGUCCCUGAAGGAGGGCAUGUUCAACAACGCCAACUGCAUCUUCAGGACCAAAUUCGUCGACGGCGUCUCCACGGUGACGAGGACGGUGCCCGCGCUCAAGGCUGCCGAUAACGCCUCGGAGAUGGGGGGAAUCGACGCGGCGAGCAAGAAGAGGGCGGCGGCGAAGGGAAAGGUCGGAAGGAACGGCGCCAAGGAGAACGUUCCCGCGUGA